AUGUUGAAGCCCAGCGGCGGCUGGUACCAGCAGCUGCAGAAUGAAGAGGAGCCAGGCGAGACUGCACCAGUGGUGAACGAUGCCCCUCCACCUUACAGCAGCAUCUCUGCGGAGAAUACAGCUUAUUUUGACUACAAGGAUGAGUCAGGAUUUCCUAAGCCUCCAUCUUACAACGUGGCCACAACACUGCCUAGUUACGAUGAGGCGGAGAGAACCAAGGCUGAAGCCACAAUUCCCUUGGUUCCUGGAAGGGACGAUGACUUUGUGACACGGGAUGACUUUGAUGACACCGACCAGCUGAGGAUAGGAAAUGAUGGCAUUUUCAUGCUGACUUUCUUCAUGGCAUUCCUCUUCAACUGGAUUGGAUUUUUCCUCUCUUUCUGUCUGACUACUUCAGCUGCAGGACGAUAUGGGGCCAUUUCUGGGUUUGGUCUGUCCCUUAUUAAGUGGAUCCUUAUUGUUAGGUUCUCCACUUAUUUUCCUGGUUACUUUGAUGGCCAGUAUUGGCUUUGGUGGGUCUUCCUCGUACUAGGUUUUCUGCUGUUUCUCAGAGGAUUUAUUAAUUAUGCAAAGGUUAGGAAGAUGCCAGAUAAUUUUUCCACUCUCCCCAGAACCAGAGUUCUCUUUAUUUACUGAAGAUGUUUUCUGGCAAAUGUCUUCCUGCGUUAGUGAAUUCUCCCUCAAGAAGCAACAGGACACCUGCAGGAAGUGAAUCAAGACUCUGGAGCAGAAGAAAAAAUAAUCACCUGCUUUAAAAUAAAUAAAUAAAAGUACUGUUGAAAAAAAAACAAAAAAAGGAGAAACAUUUCUUUCUAUUUGUUUCUAGGUGUAAAAUUUUAAUAAUUAAUGCAGAACUCUGUAAUCGUUGAAUCAUUAGUGGCUAAUGUUUGACAAAGCUAUUGCAGUCGAGUCCGUGGCGUGCUCAUCAAGCCUUCUAGAGCUAGUUUGUGUGAUUGCAGUGGCCUGAGCCCUGUCCCCGGAGCCAGCAGGGGCCAGACUUGCUUUAUUCCUCCUCCUCCGUCCCCAGCUGGGCUGGGCUCUGGGCCGGGCUCAGCUCCGGCCUGGGCAGCCGCUGGCCCCGAGCAGGGGGAUCUCAGGAGGGGAUGGCAGGGGCUGCGCCCCCCCCCUUUUCCCCCUGCACCCCCCCAUUCCCCCUGCGCCCCCCCUUUCCCCCCCUGCGCCCCUUCCUGCUCCCCAGACCCGCCCGAGGGGGCAGCGGGGCCGGGCAGUGCAGACUCCUGAGGUGUACGCGGGAGAGAGCGAUAUUCUGAAGGUGGCACAAGUAUUAAUUUUUUAAUAGUCUUCUCAAUGUUGUAGUAUACUUUCCUUUCAUACUACCUACUUUUUUGGACUAUAUAGAGAUUUUCAUGGUACACAUUAGUAGUGUAAAAAUGAAAGAUCGAGUUGCAACUUUGUGUAAAAAAAUUACCUUGCAAAACAAAGGCC